AUGGAUUCCAUCGGCGCGGCACCCAUUAGCCCCCCUUCCACUACUCACAAUUCUCCAGACGACUCCAAGAAGAAGGAGAGUGCUCCUUGCAGCCCUGUCGAAGGCAAGUCCGUCGGGGAGCCCAUGACCCCGUCUCCUAAGCCCAGAGCUACCACGAUCGAAUCGGUCGAUGAAAGCCCAACGACCUCGAUCAAGGUCAAGAAGCGCAGUCCUCACGCCGACCCAGAUGAUACCGACCCCCACGACCGCCGCAUCUUCACGACCAAGUCGUAUACCGGCGUGAAGGAACUCUUCCAAACAUCUCCAAGCAACAAGUCUGAUGCUUCGCCCAAGGCCAAGUCUCCGACUGCAGAGAGUGGCCCCAAGUCUGAUGCCGCCCCCAAAAUCAAGUCCCCGACUACCGUCAAGUACCCCAAAUCCGUCACCGCCGAAACCAAGCGUGAAGCCAAGAUCCUCUCUCCCCCCACGAUCCCCAACGCCCACAAGGACACAGACAUCACCUUCAAGAUCCACGACUCCUGCUUCGACACCAGCUACGACAAGACCAACUUCAAAUCCACGCUUCCUGUUCCCCUUGAUAGCACCUUCACGAUCCCGACCAGCGAAACCCGCUCCUCGCUCAUGCUCUCCACGCUCGACCUUCUCGCUCGCUACGAUAACCAUUUCCACCGCACCGAGUACUCGAACUCGCUCCUGCGCCAGGCUCGAGAGGAUGCGGAGCGCAAGAUCGAGGAGCUGGAUUGGAAGGUUAGGUGUUUUGCCGAGGAGGAGAUGAUUCAUCGGAAAGAUAUGGGGAUCUUGGGUAUGAAGUUUCGGGAUGCGCAGGGUAGGUUGGUGAAGAAAGAUAAAGAGAUCAAGGAGUUGGUGGAGGUGGCUAAGAAGCGUCGUUCUGAGGGCGUUGACAAGUUGGAGGCAGAGUUGGAGAGGGCCAAGAGUGAGAUUCUGGUGUUGCAGAAGGAGAAUUUGGAUUUGGUGGACUUGAAGGAGAGGUUGGAUGAUAAGUUUGAGGAUAUUAGUAUGAGUGGUGCUUUCUUCCAGGGCCUCAGCAAGGAUCAGAUCUCCAAGUUGAAUUGCAGGAUUGAGGAAUUGGAGGAAAAGAUUAAGGAUGAGAAGGAGCUGCUGAGCCGUGUCGAGGACGAUAAUUCGAACCUACAGGAUAAGCUUGAGGGCUUGGAGGCCGACUUAUCCGCCCUUCAAAAGGAGCAUCGCGAGUGUUCGAGAAUCUUGGAGGAGGUUCACGACUACCGAGAAGACAACGCCAGGUACAUUGCCCAACUCGAGAAAUUCAACAAUAGCGAGGAUGAUGCGACGUUGAAAAUCCAGAUCGAUUCGCAAGAGGAUGAAAUCAACAAGUACCUUCAGCAGAUCAACGACGCUGAUACAAAGGUAGAGGGAUUGCAAGCCGACAUCGAAUCUCGAGAUGAGGAAAUCGGAAAAUGCAACGAGCAGAUCGACGAAGCUCGUGAUGAGCUUGCGAGAUGCCUCGAUGAGCUCACCAAAUCCCAAAAGGAGCUGAACAAAUGCCAAGAAGAAGUCGAAGAGUCUCGCGAAGAGAUCACGCGUCUUACUGAUAAAGUCACAAAGGGCUAUGAACAGGUCGAGAAAGUCCGCGACUUGGAAGCCGAUUUGACUUCCCAAGUCGAAUACCACCACCAAGAACUCGCCAAGAUCAACAAACAGCUCACCCAAGCCCGUGAGAAGGAGGACGGUUUGAACUCCAAGAUCGCAUCUCAACAGAAGGAGCUCAAGCUCAUGAGCGACUUAGUUGGCCCAAGCAAGAGUGAGGCGUUAUUGAAGGACCGUAUUCGAGUUCUCGAGGCUGCGAAUGCCAAGCUGAGUAGCGACAAUGAGGAGUUGGAGAUUGAGAAUGAGGCUUUCACGAGAAAGGCUCAAGAGUUGUCCAUGAUCAGUCCCCGUUCAGUUUUGAGGGAGCACGAUCACAAUAACACGCACAGAAUCCCGAUUUCUUUCUAACUCGGGAUGCUCUGCAUACAUGUGGCGACGUUGCUUUGCAGUCGGCUAUGGAUUAGAUUGGUUUUGUUGGUGCUCUCUGUUCAGAGAUGAAAUGUGGAAGGUGUGUAGUG